AUGGAGCAUCGAACUCAUUGGGCGAUCAAGCAAAUGAAUUUUGACCUUCAUAGUGCGGGUGAGAAAAGACUUCUUAAGCUACAUGAGUUAGAAGAGUUGAGGAUGAAUGCAUACGAUAGUGCAAGCAUAUACAAGGCAAGGACUAAGGCUUGGCACGAUGCUCAAAUUGUCAAGAAAGAAUUUGUCAAAGGCCAAAAGGUCCUCCUAUUCAAUUCCUGCUUGAAGCUCUUUCCGGGAAAGCUUAGAUCAAGAUGGAGUGGGCCCUACAUUAUUACGAAAGUGUUCCCUUAUGGAGCUUAUGAAAUUUCUCAAGAUGGGCAUUCUCCAUUCAAAGUCAACGGUCACCGGCUCAAGCCUUAUUACGAAGGUAUCCCAAAUGAUGAACCAAUUUCCGUAACUCUUCUUGAUGUGCAUCAUCAAUUUGAACCUCCUUGA